GGCGGGCUUGACUCUGUCGGUGACUGUCGGUUGUUGUUCUGAUCAAGAUGGCUGCUGCUGUCGGGGAUGGAGAGUGAGCCCAGGCUGUCAUCCGAACACAGGCCGAGGAAACGCAGACGAACCCGCCGAGCAAACGGCACCGAACCCAGGCAGAACCCGAACCCGGGCAGCUGGACCGGAUCCGAUUCUCCGCUGAAGUAGGGGGCGUAGUGACAGACUGCAGACAUGGACACCACCACGUCCAUCAAGAUGACCACUCUGGCCAUCCAGAACCUGUUCAGCUACGUGGAGGAGGAGAACCUGGCCGCUCUCAAAGCUCACCUGGACCGAUUCAAGGAGGUGGACGGACGCAGCGAUAACGGUCAGACUCCGCUGAUGUUGGCGGCCGAGCAGGGCAGUCUGGAGAUCGUCCAGGAGCUGAUCAGACGAGGAGCCGACGUCAACCUGGACGACGUGGACUGCUGGUCGGCUCUGAUCUCUGCAGCUAAGGAAGGCCAUGUGGAGGUGGUGAAGGAGCUGCUGGAGAACAGCGCCUACAUCGAGCACAGAGACAUGGGAGGAUGGACGGCCCUGAUGUGGGCGGCUUACAAAGGUCGGGUGGAGGUCACCAGGCUGCUGCUAGAGCACGGAGCCAACCCCAACACUACAGGACAGCAAUACAGUGUGUAUCCAAUCAUCUGGGCUGCAGGUCGAGGACACGACGACAUCGUCAAACUGCUGCUGCAGAACGGGGCCAAAGUCAACUGUUCCGACAAGUAUGGGACCACUCCUCUGAUCUGGGCGUCCAGAAAAGGACACUUUGACUGUGUGAUGCACCUGCUGGAGAACGGAGCCGAUGUCGACCAGGAGGGGGCGAACUCGAUGACGGCUCUGAUCGUGGCGGUGAAGGGCGGAUACACCGAGGUGGUGAAGGAGCUGCUGAAGAGGAACCCGAACGUCAACAUGACCGACAAAGACGGAAACACGGCGCUGAUGAUCGCUGCCAAGGAGGGCUACACCGAGAUCGUCCAGGACCUGCUGGACGCUGGGACAUACGUCAACAUCCCAGACCGGAGUGGCGACACAGUGCUGAUUGGAGCAGUGAGGGGGGGUCAUGUGGAGAUUGUCAGAGCUCUGCUCCAUAAAUACGCCGACAUCGACAUCAGAGGGCAGGAGAACAAAACAGCUCUGUACUGGGCUGUGGAGAAAGGCAACGCCACCAUGGUGAGGGACAUCCUGCAGUGCAACCCCGACACCGAGACCUGCACCAAGGAUGGAGAGACUCCUCUCAUCAAAGCCACUAAGAUGAGGAACAUUGAAAUCGUGGAGCUGCUGCUGGAUAAAGGAGCCAAAGUGUCGGCUGUUGACAAGAGAGGAGACACCCCCCUCCACGUUGCCAUCCGUGGCCGGAGUCGCCGCCUGGCCGAGCUCCUCCUUAGAAACCCCAAAGAUGGCCGCCUGCUGUACCGCCCCAACAAGGCCGGAGAGACGCCGUACAACAUCGACUGCAGCCACCAGAAGAGCAUCCUCACGCAGAUCUUUGGAGCUCGUCACCUGUCCCCCACAGAGUCAGAUGGAGACAUGCUGGGUUAUGAUCUGUACAGCUCUGCGCUGGCCGACAUCCUGAGUGAACCCACCAUGCAGCCUCCGAUCUGCGUGGGUCUGUACGCUCAGUGGGGCAGCGGCAAGUCCUUCCUGCUCAAGAAGCUGGAGGAUGAGAUGAAGACGUUUGCCGGUCAGCAGAUUGAGCCACUGUUUCAGUUUUCCUGGCUGGUCGUCUUCCUGUCUCUGCUGCUCUGUGGCUCUGUCGCCGUCAUCCUCGGCUUCACCGUCGACCCCAGACUGGCCAUGGCCGUCUCCCUCAGCCUGCUGGCUCUGCUCUACCUGUUCUUCGUGGUGGUGUAUUUCGGCGGGCGUCGGGAGGGUGAGAGCUGGAACUGGGCGUGGCUGCUCAGCACUCGUCUGGCUCGUCACAUCGGGUAUCUGGAGCUGCUGCUGAAGCUGAUGUUUGUUAACCCGCCGGAGCUGCCGGAGCAGAGCACCAGAGCUCUGCCUGUCAGGUUUCUGUUCACAGACUACAACCGUCUGUCCAGCGUCGGAGGAGAAACGUCGAUGGCCGAGAUGAUCGCCACGCUGUCCGACGCCUGCGAGAGAGAGUUCGGCUUCCUCGCUACACGUUUGUUCAGAGUGUUUAAGACCGAGGAGACGCAAGGUAAGAGGAAGUGGAAGAAGACGUGCUGCGUGCCGUCCUUCAUCAUCUUCGUCUUGGUGCUGGCCUGUCUGGUGACCGGCAUGGCGCUGUUGGCCGUCUUUAAGGUGGACGGGGAGAACCGGACUGUGAACGCCGUGCUGAUCGCCAUCGGCAGCGUGGUGGGUCUGGCUCUGCUGCUGAACUGCAGGACGUGGUGGCAGGUGACCGACUCGGUGCUGAACUCUCAGAGGAAGAGGCUGCACAGCGCCGCCAACAGGAUGCACAAGCUGAAGAGCGAGGGCUUCAUGAAGGUCCUGAAGAACGAGGUGGAGCUGAUGGCGAGGAUGGCGAAGACCAUCGACGGCUUCACGCAGCAUCAGACGAGGCUGGCGGUUGUCAUCGACGGACUGGACUCCUGUGAACAGGACAAAGUUCUGCAGAUGCUCGACACGGUCCGGGUUUUAUUCUCCAAAGGUCCCUUCAUCUCCAUCUUCGCCAGCGACCCGCACAUCAUCAUCAAAGCCAUCAACCAGAACCUGAACAGCGUCCUCAGAGACUCCAACAUCAACGGACACGACUACAUGAGGAACAUCGUCCACCUGCCCGUCUUCCUCAACAGCAGAGGACUCUCCAGCGCCAGGAAGAUGUGUGCCGCUGCUCCGGCUAACGGAGACGCCACCAACACGGACGCAGGUUGGCAUGAGGAAUUAGACAGGAAACUGUCUCAGCACAGUUUGGGAGAAUUAACCAAGUUUGGCAGCAAGACGACUCUUACCCGCAGGGACACGUACCGGCGGCGUCAGGUGCAGCGCUCGGUGACUCGUCAGAUGUCGUUCGACCUGACCAAGCUGAUGGUGACGGAGGAUUGGUUCAGUGACAUCAGCCCGCAGACCAUGAGGAGGCUGCUCAACAUCGUCUCCGUCACAGGCCGUCUGCUGCGAGCCAAUCAGAUCAGCUUUAACUGGGACCGUCUGGCGUCGUGGAUCAACCUGACGGAGCAGUGGCCCUACAGGACGUCCUGGCUCAUCCUGUACCUAGAAGAGACCGACGGAGUCCCCGACCAGGUCACGCUCAAGACCAUCUAUGAGAGAGUGUCGAAGAACAUCCCCACCACCAAAGACGUGGAGCCUCUGCUGGAGAUCGACGGCGAUGUUCGGAGCUUCGAGGUCUUUCUGUCGUCGCGGACGCCCGUCCUGACGGCCAGAGACAUCCGGACCUUCCUUCCCUGCACCGUCAACCUGGACCCGAAACUACGAGAGAUCAUAGCAGAUGUUCGUGCGGCCCGGGAGCAGAUGAAUAUGGGCGGGGUCACGUACCCGGCCGUCCCCCUGCAGGAGGCUCAGCCCCGCCCCUCCUCGGUCUACAGUCAGGUGUCGUCGGCGUGCUCGCCCUCCGCCUCCUUCAGCGGGCCCUUCAACCAGCCACCGGGGGGCAUCGUCUCCCCGCAGCCUCCCAGCAGCUACUACAGCGGCCUGGCCGGACCGCAGCACCCCUUCUAUAACAGGCCAUAUUUCCCCCAUCACCUUUACCAGCUGCCACGCCCACUCGUGGCCUCCUACCCAUCACACCUUCAUCCACGCCCGCCACCUAAAACCUCCUACAGCAGGGACGCCACUGCUGCACCCUAUAAAGUUUCAUCCCUGAAAAGGAAGCAGGGCUCGGCCUCCAUCGUGUCGGGCGCUCCGGCCAUGCUCCUCAGCUCCAUGACGACGGAGGCUGUUUGCGAGCGCGUGCGGCAGAUUGAAGGCAUCGACCAGAGCAUGAUGGGACAGUACACCGCCACCGUCAGGAAGGCAAACGUUAACGGCAGAGUUCUGUCUCAGUGUAACAUCGAUGAGCUGAAGAAGGAGAUGAGCAUGAACUUUGGAGACUGGCAGCUCUUCAGGGCCACGGUUCUGGACAUGCGUCACAUUGAGAGUCAGGUGCUGCACGAGGAAGCAGCCAGCGAGCAAGGCAGCAUCGUUGGUGGUCACACCGAAGCAGGGAGACGAGCUGUGGCUCCGCCUCACGCCGGCGCCGCCAACGCGGACGCUUCGCCCAUGUACAGCUUCAACCUGAGCUUCGAGGAGCUGAGCACCGUGGGGCUGGACGAGCCAACGCGACACGGGAACAUGCAGUGGAUGGGUGGAGCUCAUCGAACCGCCAGCAUGACCAGCCUGAACUCCCAGGAGUCGUCCAACGACAUCGCCAAGCUGACGGACAAGCAGCAGGCCGAGUACCGCAACGCCUACCAGGAGUACAUCGCUCAGAUGGCCCAGCUGGAGAUGGGCGGCGGUGGCGGAGAGAAGCCCGUCCAACCGCAGCCGGGGCAGUUCAUGACAUCAUCGUCUGAGGACAAGAGCAAGGACGGCGCUGAGCAGGAUGGACGCAAACCCUUCAUCAAGAGGAGCGGCAGCAAGACGGCAGCGGACAGCGCCGACUUCGCUUCCAACGGCGACGCCCUCGACCCCAUCACAGAGGAGGACGAGAAGGGCGAGCACGGAUCCUCCAAGUCCCUGCUGACCCGCAAAACCUCGGCCGAAAGGGGCGGGCUGUUCCAGGGCGCCGCCGACCUGAAGCUGAAGACCGGUGGAGGGCUGCGCUACCAGAAGCUGACCAGCGACGAUGAAGAGUCAGAGGAGUCAGACAACGCCCCCCUGCUGAAAGACGGCAAGAAGGUGGGCGACACCAAACUGCCCGCUGGCUCGCUGGCGCUGAAGGGGAAGGACUACCUGUCGGACGCCAUGCUGGACAAGAAGGACUCGUCCGACUCCGGCGUGCGCUCCAACGAGAGUUCGCCCAACCACUCGCUGCAGGACGAGGAGGCGGACCUGUCGCAGCUGGAGAGGGCCAACCUGAUCGAGCUGGACGAGGAGAGCUUGGCCAGGAAGCGAGGCCUCCCCAGCAGCCUGAGCGGCCUCCAGGACCCGGCCGUCGCCCGCAUGUCCAUCUGCUCCGAGGACCAGUGCAGCCUGCUGGCCAGCAGCCCCGAGGAGAGCUGGCCCUCGUCCAAGACCUACAACCUGAACCGCACGCCGAGCAACGUGACGCUCAACAACAACACCAACGCCCAGCAGGGCAACCGCCCCCACCAGCCUGCAGAGGGCUCCACCUCCUCCAACCCCAGCUCCUCGUCCUCCGUCAUCAUCUCCCCGAGCUCCGGGACCACCGGCAACGCCGGGACCACCACCACCAGGCCGGGGCCGAACAACGAGAACGUCCGGGUGGUUCACCUGAAGAGGGGCCUGAAACCUGGAGACCCACCGGAGAUCUGCACCGUGUCCUCCGACACCGUCAGCUUCGGCGAGGAGCGCGAGAGCAUCCUGUGACCUCGUAGAGAUGAGGAGAGCGCUGAGGGUCCGGCAGCGGCCGCCCUUCUACCUUGCGAUCCGAUCGGAGGCUUCCAGUGAAGAGUGAAAACAGUCCUUCCGAAGUUUGAAAAUUGGUCGGUAAGACGUUCGACGGGUCACGGAGACAGACGUCUGCGUCGGUCUGGCUAAAAUUUAAAGUUUGACCGUGGAUAACAGGACUGAGACUCAAAAAGCUGUGAGAGGUGAAGGGCGGCUGCUGGUGGACUGGUAGUGUUAGUCUGUAGUGUGACGAUCCGUCAGUAACUCGGUGGUGUUAGAUGCAUGCUCAGCCGUAGGCAGUAGACGAACCUGACCUGUUGUUGUUGUUGUUGUUGUUGUGACCUUCCUCUUGUAUCAUGACUCAUUUCUCACAUAGUUGUUCGUUGCCUGCAGAUGUUUACAAUAUUUAUUACCAUUAUUGUUAUUUAUUACUGUCCCUACUAAGAAAGCAGGGUCCAAGCAUCAGACACGAAGCAGAGGUGAAGAUGCAAACAUUUACAAAACGUUACCGUCCCUAACGAACCUCUGGUUUUAAUUAGACUCGCAAGCACCGGAGCUGAAGGUGCACUGACCUGGGGGGGUCCACGACACCUCCCGGAGGCCUCUCUGAGCAGGCACCGUGAACAUGUUAGAUCUUCAAAAAUGUGAAACGUCGUUGGACUUUCACCCAAGAACGUCUGCCGGUGCUGGUGCUUGGACUCGUAGCCAGAUGUUUGUCGUGAUCAGAGGAGACGCAGUGAAGCCGAACCAUGUGCUGCUGCUGCUGCUGGAGAUUCACACACACUGAAAACUGAGUUGUCGGUAGUUUCUUCCUUUUAACUGCAGAAAGCCGCGGUGAUGGGUUUAAUUUGAAAAAUCUAUGUUUUUAAAGACUGAAAAAGACCAAAACAACCAAUUUCGGCUGUGAAGAGAAAAGAUUUGAAAGAGAAUUAAAAAGGAAAAUUAAUGACGGGAAACUGAACUCUUUUCAGACUGACUCCAGAUAAGUUCAGUGUGUGAGAAGCUCCGUUAAUGUGUCAGGGAUCAGUUGUAACUCGAUGGGUUUAGUGUUUUUAUUUGUAGAGACAGGAAGUUGUUUCCAGCUUCCUGUCGUAUUUAAAUCCCGAGCAAAUGAACAAACUAGUGUUCGUGUUUCACCGUGGUGGAGUUUUGUGGUCGAGUCAGAGCUGAUACUGAGAACCGCGUCGACUGGAGCUGCAACGAUCAGGCGAACGAAAAUUCAGCAGCAACUCUUUUGGCCAUUGAUUGUUUUUCAAGCAAAAAUAGCAAAAACGAGCAGGUUCCAGCUGCUCAAAGGUGAGAGUUCACUGCUGUUCUUGGUUCCUCACCACAGGAAACUGAAUAUUUUUGGGUCUUGGACUGUGGGACUUGACGUGAUGAUGAGUUAUCACAGUUUUCCGAUGAUUAAUUGAUCAUUUAAGGAAACAAACGGAAGAUAAACGGCUGAAAGAAAAUAAUCAUUCGGUUCAGCCCUAGCUGACUCUGUCUGUUGAUGGAAGCCAGCAGCGGCUUCACAUCACUGAUUUGUCCCGUUAACUCAUUUUCAAAUUCAAUGUUUGUUCUUCCAGCCUUUUGGGAAAUGGUGUCAUUUUUCUUAAAUUUGUCAGUGAACUCCAGGAAUUUUAGCGUCGACACUGAAACGUUCUGGUUCUGUGUCUUGAAAAUGAUGAUUUUAAAUGAAAACUCUGGUGGAAGGUUUUCAAAUCAGUGUCAAACUGAAAGUGAAUUAAAGCGUAAAAGGAACAAAGUUCAUCCUGUGGGUCCAAUUGUCUCCACAACUAAACCCGGGCCGAUGCCGGACCAGAAACCAGCCGCUAACUGAGGAGGAGGCAGAGACGCGUCGGAGCUCGGUAUCAGAUCUGAGUGUGUUGUCUGUGAGCUCACGCUGCACGAAGCUGCACGAAGCUGCAUGUUGAUGUUCAAGCUGCUUUACUGUUUUUCAGUGUUGUAGGUGGUGUGUUGGUCGUCUCAGUGCUCUCCACGUUAACAUCUGUAAUCACCUUUAACAUCUGUAAUCGUGUGACUCGUGGUCUGAAGGGGAGUUGAAGCGAGUUUCUGUCCUGCACUCAAACCUAAAUAAACAAA